ACGAUACUCCACCGCGGUCGGACGACAACACUCAUUUAAUUUAUAAUAAUAAUUUUAUUAAGUAGACCGGGUUAUUGUAAAGUACGGAUGAUUAUAUCAGCCCUAUAAGAAUAUACAGUCCACUUUCAUUUAACCACGUCACCAGGACCCUAACAUUGGUCCUUUAGGAUUCUCACCGUCUUACAUAAUACGGUCUUCGCCACGUCUCCGAGCUCUUAAGUGUGGUCUUCAGCUGCGAAAUUAUACUUCUGCACGGGCCUUCGUGAACCAUCACAUCCUGCGGAAGAUCCUUCAAAGCAACUCGCACGCUCGUGAGCCGGGAACCAUCUUGAAUUCGACCGUGCCACGGACUUUGGACCCAUCGAAAGUUCGAGUAGUCAUUGGUGAGCCCGUUCCAAUUAUUCCUGUGAUCUUUUCCUUCUUUUUCAUACAUUUAAAUUUAAAAAAGCCUUUAUUUUUAGUGAGUGCUUUUAGUCAUAUAUGCUUAAACACUAUCUAAUCUCUUCCAUAAUAACACGUACUUACUUCUAAAAUCAAAUUAUUGCAUAAGCCCAGCAACAGCAUUGCGCUCGAAUAACGGGAUCUUGUUUACGCAAAUCGCUCGCUUCUUAUCCAUAUCUACCUGAGCCGGCCGGCCGAGUCGCCACUUGCCCAUCUGUUCCUUUGUUCGCACACCAAGGUCAAGUUCACGCUGCAUUUUAUAACUACUUUGCGUUAUAACUUUUGUUUUUCUUAAAUAUUUCAUUACCGCUUUGUCAUGGCCGAAGAAAAAAUACAAAAAUUAAUUAAAUUACGUAGUUCUAUUAAAUCUAAGGUUACUAUAUUUAAUAAAUACGUAAAAGUAUUGCAAUCAGGCGGCCCCCCUAGCGAUUUACAACUGCUAGACUUAGAAGGUCGUUUUAAAAAAUUCGAUGCCUUAUACGCGCAAUAUGACGAAUUACAGAGCCAGAUCGAGGUGCUUUCAGACGACAGUGAUGCUCAAGAGCUAGAGCGCGAGGAGUUCGAGGGCCAGUACCACUCGCUGGCGGCGGCGGCGCGCAGCGUGCUCGGCGCGCGGCUCGCGCGGCAAUGCGAGCAGCCGCUGAAUCGUUCCUUAUCGAGCUACGAGGAUGCAAGCUUACAGCAAACAGCGCUGGUAAAGGUGCUGGACGGCACCGGCGCCGCGCACUCCGCCCGCAUGCUGCUCGACAAUGGCAGCACGGCUAACUUCGUUACGCAAUCGCUCUGCGGUAAGCCGGGUUUGUCGCGACGUAGCGUGAGCUCCACGGUGACAGGUAUAAACAGUAAUUCAUCUCAUAUUACACAGUCUUGCAGCCUUAACAUUAAGUCGCUUCUUAAUGACUAUAGCCUUACUGUAGACUGCCUUAUUUUGCCUGAGAUCACUAAAGCUUUACCGUCUUCUUUCAUAGACAUACAAAAUAUCCCUCUUCCGAUGGGAAUAAGUUUUGCCGACCCUUCCUUUAACAUACCGUCGGCUAUAGACAUCUUAGUGGGUGCCGAAGUAUUUUGGUCCGUCUUAUGUAAUAAUUCCAUUGACUUGGGCAAAAAUCAGCCUAAGUUGUAUGAGACAAAACUGGGUUGGCUGGUGUCCGGGCAUGUCGCCCGUCUUAAGACACCGUCUUCGUCUCCCGUUUGUCACUUUAUAAGCGAGGAUUCCAAUCCAGACUUAACUCGUUUUUGGGAGUUAGACACUGUGGCAGCAAAACACUCUUUGUCUCCUGAGGAGCGUGCCUGCGAGCAGAGCUUUUUAACAAACACCGGACGCAGCGAGAACGGUAGCUUUGUCGUCUCCAUGCCGCUAAAGAACGAUCCGUCAGUCUUAGGAGAAUCCUUUCAAAUGGCCAAGUGCCGUUUCUUAUCUUUAGAGCGCAAAUUUCUUCGGGAGCCUGUUUUUAAGGAUAUGUACAUGGAGUUCAUGCACGAAUAUGAACGCCUAGGUCACAUGACUGAAAACAAAGAGUCUUCAUUUGGCGACUUACAACAGCUCAAUUAUUUUUUACCUCACCACGGAGUCAUCCGUGAGUCCAGCCUUACCACCAAGCUUCGCACAGUCUUCGACGCUUCCGCCGUAUCUAGUUCUGGAUUGUCGCUUAACGACAUUCAAAUGGUAGGGCCGACUGUACAAGAAGACCUUUAUUCUAUUUUAUUACGUUUUCGCCAGCAUAAAUACGUCAUUACUGGAGAUAUAGAGAAAAUGUACAGAGCGAUUGAGCUUAAUCCUGCCCAACGCUCACUUCAACAAAUCAUAUUUAGGUAUGACUCAUCACACCCGUUAAAAACGUACACCUUAAACACGGUGACUUAUGGUACGGCGUCUGCCCCAUACUUAGCCACGAAGUGUUUGGUGAGCUUAGCAUCCAGCGCUCUCGAUAGCGACGUAAAGCAGUCGAUUCAACGCGAUUUUUACAUUGAUGAUUAUUUAGGCGGAUCGUCGACUAUUGACGACACUAUCAAGCUGUGCAAAGGAGUUAUUAAUACACUUAAAACUGCAAAUUUCAAUUUACGCAAAUUUCAAUCAAAUAACAAAUUAAUUUUACAUCACGUUUCAUCUUCAUUACAAUCAGAUAAUGUCUUAGACAUAGCAAACAGCGAUAGUAAUGUUUCUUCUAAAACUUUAGGUCUAAAUUGGAUUUGCGAUUUAGACAUUUUGUCAUUUUCAAUCAAUAUCGAACUUCGGGACAAAGUGACAAAACGUCACAUACUUUCCGUUAUAAGUCAGAUCUUCGACCCAUUGGGUCUCGUGGGCCCCUGUGUCAUCGAAGCAAAGCUCAUCAUGCAGAGGCUAUAGAUCGAACGACGCUCAUGGGACGAUGAGGUUUCAACGGAAAUAAAACGUUCAUGAUUUUCGUUCGCCGACACCUUACCACUUCCUAACCACUUAAAGGUUCCUCGGUGGGUACUUCAAGACCAUUCAAUAUUCCAUGAAAUUCAUGUGUUUUCGGACUCUUCUGAGCGAGCAUAUGGGGCUUGCGUCUACAUUCGCUCUAUAGACGCAUCAGGCUCUAUCAAAGUACAACUUUUGACUUCUAAAAGCAAGGUAGCGCCAAUAAAGCCAACAACUAUUCCGCGCCUGGAACUUUGCGGAUCGUUAGUGGCUGCAAGACUGUGUAACAAAGUAUUAACCUCUUUAACACUACAUAUCAGCAAGUGUAGAUUCUGGUGUGACUCAACUAUUGUUUUAGGGUAAUUAAAAACAUCACCUACUAACCUUAAAAGUUUCGUAAGGAAUCGUGUACAUGAAAUUCAGGAAUGCACAGAGGGUCACACGUGGAGCUACGUACCGUCGAAGGACAAUCCGGCGGAUCUUGUUUCCCGUGGGCUGAAGGCUGAUCUCAUUAGCGGUUCAGAAUUGUGGUGGUCAGGGCCACCUUUCUUAACAGACAUUGAAACUAAUUGGCCACAAGUGCCCAACGUCGGCGUGAAACAGAAUCUACCAGAGUUGAUCACCUGUUCCUUCGCGCUUAACAAUUCUAAUGCAGACUUAAUAUCUAACUUAAUCAAAAACAAAUCUAAUUUAACAAACUUACAAAACACUAUAGCAUAUUUACAAAGAUUUAUUUACAACUGUAAGAACCCGAAAAUGCAAAUGAAAGAACAUUUUUCAGUUCAAGAGCUUCAAAAUUCCUUAAAUUUUAUUAUUCUUAAAUCUCAAUCUGAGAUGUUUCCUGACGAAUAUACUCUUCUUAAAGCCGGAAAGGCGCUUCCUAACAAAAAUCGACUUAUAGCUUUAAGCCCAUUUCUCGAUGCUAAUAACAUAAUAAGGGUUGGUGGAAGACUCGAUAACUCCCCUUACAAUUACGACACAAAGCACCCAAUUUUGUUAUGCAGCAAACAUCAUUUCACUAAGCUUAUGUUUGAACAUUUUCAUCUAAAAUAUUUACAUGCACCGCCACAACUUCUGUUAGGAAAUAUUAAGCAAACUUAUUGGCCCUUAGGUGGCAAAAACCUAGCUAAAGCUACAGUGAACAAAUGUAUGCGAUGCUUCCGGUACAGGGCGGAAACUGUUCAGCCCAUCAUGGGCCAGCUCCCCGCCUCGCGUACCGAACUAGUGUUUCCCUUUCUUCAUUGCAACGUCGACUACGCCGGGCAGUGUUGAUAGCAGACCGUAAGGGCAGAGGUUGUAAACUUAUUAAAUCUUUUUUGGCAAUCUUUAUUUGCAGUUCGGUAAAGGCCUGUCAUAUUGAGCUCGUUACGGCACUAUCCAGCGAAGCAUAUAUUGCCGCUUUAAAUCGCUUUGUGUCCCGUCGCGGAAAGCCCAAGAGCAUCACGUCAUAUAACGGUUCGAAUUUUAUCGGUGCAAGCAACGAGCUGGCUCAAUUUCUUCUUCAAUCGGAACUUGAAGGUCAAAUGGCUCAUGAAGGCAUCGAAUUUAAAUUUAUUCCCGCUUAUACCCCUCACUUUAAUGGCUUAGCUGAAGCAGCAGUACGCUCUACAAAACACCAUCUUAAGCGUUUAUUACAAAACACUCAUUUAACUUAUGAGGAAAUGGCUACAUGCCUCACUCAAAUGGAGGCUGUUUUGAAUUCUCGGCCCCUCACCCCUAUUUCCACUGAUCCCUCAGAUUUCUCCGCAUUGACUCCUGCCCACUUUUUGAUUGGACGCUCACUAAUUGCUAUCCCUCAACCACAAAUAGGUGAUGCGAAUAUAACCCGCCUUGAUCGAUUCAAGAGAAUCGAGCUUAUAAAGCAGCACUUUUGGAGCCGAUUUUCACUAGAGUAUGUCAAUCUGCUCCAGCAAAAGGUAAAAUGGCGGUCGUCAAUCAAGGAGCUGAAAUUGGGAUCUCUUGUUCUUGUCAAGGAAAGAGCUCUCCCACCAUUGAUGUGGUCCUUAGGACGAGUCAUGCAGCUCUAUCCUGGCAGCGACGGCGUUUCCAGAGUCGCCGAGUUGAAGACAAGGAGAGGCACAAUUCGAAGAGCCUUUAAUAACAUCUGUCCCCUUCCAGAUUUUUGAAGUUCUCUGCACACUUCAACCCGGGGAGCAUGUUGGGAACCGGUUGCAUGUACGCGCGGGUGGAGACGCGCGGGAGGACGUCUCGUCGAGCGGCAGCGACGCGGCGGCAGGAGGUUGGAACGAUACUCCACCGCGGUCGGACGACAACACUCAUUUAAUUUAUAAUAAUAAUUUUAUUAAGUAGACCGGGUUAUUGUAAAGUACGGAUGAUUAUAUCAGCCCUAU